UUCCUUCGGUGCCCGGAAGUGUGGAGUCUGGCGAGCAUGGCGGCGUCGAAGGUGAAGCAGGACAUGCCCCCUCCAGGAGGCUAUGGCCCCAUCGACUACAAGCGGAACCUGCCCCGUCGAGGACUGUCUGGCUACAGCAUGCUGGCCAUCGGCAUCGGGACCUUGCUUUUCGGGUACUGGAGCAUCAUUAAGUGGAAUCGCGAGCGCAGGCGCCUGCUGAUCGAGGACUUGGAGGCCCGCAUUGCCCUGAUGCCGCUGUUCCAGGCAGAGACGGACCGGAGGACCUUGCAGAUGCUUCGGGAGAACCUGGAGGAGGAAGCCAUCAUCAUGAAGGAUGUGCCUGAUUGGAAGGUGGGUGAGUCCGUGUUCCACACAACACGCUGGGUGACCCCCAUGGUGGGCGAGCUGUACGGGUUGCGCACCAAUGAAGAGGUUCUCAACGCCAACUACGGCUUCAUGUGGUACACGUAGGGCCUGUGCCCUCAGACCACUCAGACCCCCACCCCUCCCCACUGGCAGAGAAUAAAUGCUCUGAAGACCCUG